GAUUACAGUUUUUAACUCUUCUGUAUGAGCGCUGAUGGUAGGGUUUAUUCAAGGAGACACAGUCCUCUCAUUUAUAGAAACACUCUGUAUUUUUCAUGCGUUCAAAACUUUCUCUGCGUUCAAACUGUGUUCGCUGUUCAGGUAUAAGGUUGGCUGAUGUGCGCCAUCGGUUUGUCUCAUUCUGCCGCUUAAAGUAACUUUACAGACUUAUCAAAUGAAGGUCCAGCAGUGAAGAAACGACAUUAUGCCAACAUCCAUGGAAAUAACUCAUUAACCGAGAGCUUCAGACGUUUCCAGCAUUGUGAGUUGAAAAGACUGUGGUGGAGGUAAGGAUUCCCAGUCCUGUGUGGGAUGUUAAGGGACUGGUGGUGCGUUGAGGCUGAAGGAGCAUGGUGAAACACCAACCCUUACAGGUCUAUGAGAAGCAGGUCUUUGUGUCCUUUGUCACUGGGAUCUAUGGUUGCCGCUGGAAACGCUACCAGCGUUCCCAAGACGACAGCUCCAGGUGGGAGUGUAUAUGGUUCCUCAUCUUGUGCAGCUCUUUCCUCCUGCUUCUCUUCUGGGCCUACUUCUGGUUGGUGGCUCAAAAUGAUUUCAACGAGUUUAACUGGUCAGUAUACAACCGCUCUGGAGAAUGGAGGGAUGAGACCAUCCCCAUCCUUGCAUCCACCACCGUGGGAUUCAGCUACAUUACAUUCUUACUGAUAUUAGCUCUUUUCCAUAUAUCCUUGGGCCAGCAGCUGAACCUCUACUGGGUCCACAAGAUUGGAGUGUUGGCGACACUAGUCACCACUAUCUCUGGUGUCGUCUCUGUUGAUGACAUAUGGGGAGAUGAGUGGGACAUCCUGCUUGUAUCACUGCAGUCCACAGCACCAUUCCUGCACAUCGGAGCCCUGGCAACAGUCACAGCCAUCAGCUGGUUGGUGGCUGGAUAUGUGGUCCGCAGAGACAGAUCCAAUUUCCAGGUGAUGGUGUUGCUGAUCUACAUCAUCAUCCUCUUGGCUAUCUACUUAGCCCCACUUACAUUCACCUGCCCCUGCAUCAUGGACCGCCACAGCCUCAAACCUCGACCAGACAUCAUCGGUCGACGGGGGGCUCCUAUGCUGGCUCCAGAGAACACCAUGGUGUCCUUUAACAGAGCCCUGCAGCAUGGAGCCAGCUCCCUGGAGGCCGACGUCACUAUCAGUGUUGAUGGGGUUCCAUUCCUAAUGCGAGACCGCACAUUGAGGCGAACCACAGAUGUCAGUAAGGUCUUUCCAGGCAGACAGUUUGAUGAUGCCUCUUUCUUCAACUGGACAGAGCUUCGCUCUCUGAAUGCAGGCCAGUGGUUUUUGGAGAGUGACCCCUACUGGACAGUGGAAACCCUGUCAGCAAAGGACCGGAGCAGAAUAGGAAACCAGUCUGUUUGCAGCCUGGUGGAGAUGCUGCGUCUGGCGGCCAGGGCCAACAGCUCUGCACUGCUUAACAUCCGCAAACCUCCAGCAGAGCACCCACGCUAUCGGAGCUGGUUCAUGGAUACACUGUGGGCUGUGCAGAAAGCAGGGAUUUCCCAGAAGCGGGUGAGGACUGUGACGUGGACCCCCGACACUGACAGGGGGAGGGUCCGAGGGCUUCAGCAAACCACAACUGAGAAGUUGUCGGUGGAGGAGAUAAGACAGAGGGGAAUAACAAGCCUGACCCUGCACUAUGGCAAGGCCAGCCACAAAGACAUACAGGAGUAUCUGGCCAAUAAUGUGAGUGUGACCGUCUACCCAGUGAAUGAGCCCUGGCUCUACUCCACUCUGUGGUGUAGCGGGGUGCCUUCUGUGUCCUCUGAUGCCCCUCAAGUUCUCCGAAAGGUGCCUUACCCCAUCUGGCUCAUGAGCCAGAAUGCUUACGACUUCAUCUGGAUCUCUUCAGAUCUUGUCUCUCUCGCCAUAGUCAUAGGGGUUUUCUGCUUUCAGAACUAUCAUAUGAUCAGGUGGAGGAUGAGCGGGAUGCAGAACUACAACCCAGAACAGAUUAUGCUGAGUGCUGUGGUGCCACGGCCCAGUCGGGAUGUUAACAUCAUGAAGGAGAAGCUCAUAUUCUCAGAACUUAACAAUGGGCUCAGCAGCACAGAGGAGCUUUCCCUCUAUCCUGAGAACGGUUAUGCGAGAUACUCUCAUUGAGGCCUCAACCGCUGAACAAAAUGCACAGUCACAGAUGGAAAGUCUUGGCUGUUAGAUUCAUUUCAGAGCUUUGACAAUGAUUGAAAAUUAAUUUCUUGUGGAAAGAAAAAGGAGCACACAAGGGAAAGUAAUCUAUCAGGCAACAAAUUCUGGAAGUGAUUACAGCAUACAAAAUCCAAAGUAUGACUGUACAAUAGACAGUGAAUGUUUCAGCUACAUGACCAGUUUGUUAAAUAAUUGAUUAUUCAUUUGCAUAUGUGCAAUUUAAUCUGAUAAUGUAUUUCAGGAGUUCACACGUUUGUCCACUGGGCUGAGAUUUUUUAUCAGUACAGCCUUUCACCAUCUAACACCUGCUAGAUACUACUGCUUUUUACUAUACUUUUGUCUGCAUCAAUUCUGAAUUAGACUGCCAGUCUAAACUACAGUCCUUUAAAAUAGUUCAGCAUUUACUUUUAAGGUUGCUAUAAGAAGUCAUUUAGUCACUUUCAACAUUAUGAAUGUGUGUGCAAAAGUUAGCAUAACUGGGAACACAUGGCUAUGUCAGAUAGAGUCAGAGUCACUGACCUGGUGUUUUUUGUUGUAACAAAUACGCUUGUUUGAUUCAUGAUUUUAAAAGAACUUUUCACAAAUUAAUGUAGAAACAUAGUUUUCCUGGAACAGAAAAUGAAUGAAACAUGAAAUGAAUGAAAUUACUAGAAUAUCCACUUAUUCAACAUUACUGGCUAAAUAUAGUGAUGUGUGUGGUUAUUGGGCCAAAAAUCCAUUUGACCAUGAAGAACAAUUUCUGUUCCGUCUGUUUUCUUGAGUGACCUUUUCAAAAGUUUUAUUUGAGCUAAUAAAGCUGUAAUGUUGUAUUUUUCCAUGUCAUUUACUUCACUGUUGUUUUAUAACAGAGGAAAUGAGCUGUGUAGUGUUCUGUAAUAUACACUGAUGUAAUUUAUGUCACAUGAUGUCAUUUUACAUGUUUUUAUUUUUUUCCCCUCUGAGAGGAUUUUCAAUGGUUUGGACAUAUGAACAGUAUAUUUUAUGUUUGCAUUUAUUAUCAUUAUGACCGAUGUCCUCUUUCAAGUGUGACAGACAAAGUAGGGCAUAAGUUUUCUUGCAGUUUCAUGGAAUGAGGUUGUUUUUGGGUGGGGGUUGGGGGUCAAAGUUUUUUUCUGCCUCUUUUCUGUUAUGCCAUGAUUGAAUUAUUUUCUAGUCACAUUAGUUAUUACAACUUUCACAUGGCUGCCUUUUUGUUAAAUGAAUUGACUGGUAGAAUAUUGUACAGUAUUUGGUCUUUCAGUUUAAUAAUAGUGAUAUAGAUUUCAGACUACAUCUACACUUCUAGCUGCAGACAUCUCAACUGUUCAAUUAAAGUGAUCUUUUCUCCUUGAAAAAUGUG